AUGGCACCUAAGAUAGCGAUUAUCGGCGCAGGUCCCGGCGGCUGCAUACUCGCACGGCUGCUGCUCACCCAGUGCGACUGCAAGACCAUCAUCUUCGAAGCCGAAAGCUCGAUCAAUCACCGUUCGCAAGGUGGUACCUUGGACUUGCGCACCGAUACAGGCCUCGCCGCAAUUAGGAUGGCAGGCCUGUGGGACGAGUUCCAGAAGUACGCCCGCUACGAUGGCGAGAGUUUGCUGGUCACCGAUAAACAUCUUACAACGUGGUUGAGAAGAGGUGGCCGGAAGACGGAAGAUGUAAAAGGAGGUUCAGGUGAUGCACCGGAGAUUGAUCGUACGGAUCUGAGGAAAAUGCUGAUGGAGAGCCUACCUCCUAACACCGUCCGUUGGGGAUACAAGCUGUCGCGUGUUGAAGAGUGCAGCACGGGGCUAAGGUUAAUAGUUGCGAACGGAGAUGUGUUGGAUGGUUUCGACCUGAUCGUGGGUUGUGACGGCGCAUUCAGCAAGACUCGCAAUUUGUUGACGUCGGAGAAGCCUCAUUACUCCGGUCUAGGUGGCUGGACAAUGCUCAUACCUAAUGCCGAGCACACAGCACCAGAAGUGUACAAACUUGUCAACAGAGGCAGCGUGUUCGCAUACUCGGACGGCAAAACUCUAGCUAUACAGCAGCUCUCCGAUGAGUCAAUCUACGUGUCCUACUACGGCCAGCAUCCAGAAGACUUCACUCAAACAUGCGGUUUCGAUGCCCAGAGCGACAUCGAAUCAGCAAAAACAGUACUGAGGAAGUCAUUGCACGAUUGGCGACCGGAGCUUCUGGACGCCAUCGAAAAAGCGACAACGGGAAUCGUGUGGAGGAAUCUCUACCAACUUCCCGUAGGAUUCACCUGGCCGCACAGGCCAGGCGUCACGCUUUUAGGCGACGCAGCGCAUGUCAUGACUCCAUUUGCAGGUAUUGGUGUUAACACGGCUUUCAACGAUGCUAUGGUUCUCACCAAGCAUAUCGUAGCAUAUAGCUCGUCAAAUCCGUCCGAUGAGGGAGUCGACCAGGUGAAUGCUCUUGGCCAGUACGUCGAGAAGUAUGAGACGGAAAUGUUCAAGCAUGCACAUGCGGCCCAGCGACGCACAGAGGGAGCCAAAAAUGCCAUGCUGUUCACGCCCGGUGCUCCGCGGACAAGUAUUGAAACAUGGGUUCUGUGGCAGGCGGGAGAUCAACCGUUUGUCAAUAUGAAGCUUCAGUAUCUUUCUUUGCUGCCAUUGGCAUCAAUUGCCAGCGCUAGCUGGUCGAAGAACCUCAACUACCGUUCGCCUUCAGAACACCACCCAGCUCUUGGUGUUUCCAUUCACAAGGUGGUCAAAAGGAACGAUCCAGCAAGCAGCUAUGCCGCCUCUGGCCUGAGCUUUACCCACGGUGUCGCUUCAGGUGACCCAUACCCCAACAGCGUCAUCCUCUGGACCCGUGUCGCUCCUCAAAGCGAUAACUCGCAAUCCAACCUUACGGUCACAGGGUACGCACCUCUAUUCGACCAUGACAAUGAGAAGUACGUCAAAAUCUCCAAAGCGCCAGUGUGCGUUGAGUACAAGGUCUACGAUAACAAGAACGGUUCCACGGUUGUCGACUCCGGGAAGGUCUUCACCAGCUCUGACGUAGACUUUACCGUCAAGGUCGAAGCCAAGAACUUGAAGGCGUACAGCACGUACUACUACCAGUUCAAUGUCUGUGGUUCGGAGAACAAGAGUCCUCUUGGACGCACGAAGACUACACCAAAUGCCGACGACGAUAUCACCGAUGUCAGUCUUGCGGUGUACAGUUGCUCAAACUAUCCAUUUGGUUUCUUCAACGCUUAUGGAAAUGUUGCCCGCAAGGAUUCUGUCGAUUACGUUAUCCAUCUUGGUGACUACAUCUAUGAGUACAAGAAUGGAGAUUACGGGUGGGGCAACUCGAUCGACCGUAUCCCUCAGCCAGACCACGAGAUCUUCACUCUUUAUGACUAUCGAAGGAGGCUCGCUACAUACCGAACUGACCUGGACCUGCUCGCCAGCCACGAGCAGUUUCCGUGGAUCCCUGUUUGGGACGAUCACGAGGUUGCCGAUAACACUUACCGCGACGGCAUGUCUGAACUCAACAAUACCGAAGACUCCUUCCUCCGCGACGGCGGUGUAUCUGUUGACCAGCGCAAGAUGAAUGCGGUUCGAGCCUACUAUGAGUGGAUGCCAAUUCGCCAAGUCGACAUGGACGACAAUCUCCGCAUCUGGCGUUCUUUCUCCAUUGGCAAACUUGUCGAUCUCAUGAUGCUUGACACCCGUCAAUACGACCGUUCCAUCACUGAUCUUUACUGGAACACAGACUACGUGCACGACAUCUCUAACGAUGCAGGCCGUUCCCUAAUGGGCUCUCGCCAAGAAAACUGGUUUUACCGCAGUCUUUCCGAGUCUGCCGAACGCGGCGCAACAUGGCGCAUGGUCGGCUCUCAGAUUGUCUUCUCGCGCGUCAAUCAAUCCGCUGCGUAUGGAGAAGAAAACCCCCUGAACUACGAUGCAUGGGAUGGGUACCAAGCAAAUAAGAACCGUACUCUCAACCACUUGUACAGCAACAACAUCAACAACAACAUCUUUCUUGCCGGCGACAGCCACGCAUCCUGGGUCAGCGACCUCGUCUGGCUCGACGAAAAGAACUACAGCUCUGCGACCGGCGCAGGUAGCAUUGGUGUCGAAUUCGCUGGCUCAGCCGUCACGUCUCCAUGCCCUUACGGCGCCAACAUUACUCUCGCAACCGCCAACAACUACUCUUCUAUCAUCCAGUCUGCCAACGCUGAACUUCAAUGGCAGGAUCUUUACUACCGUGGUUACUUCGAGUUGCAUUUCUCCCAUGAAGAACUCACAGCGAACUUCUUCGGUAUGCCAACCGUCGUGACGAGGAAUGGCUGGGAGAUUCCGAUUGCGAAUUUCACGGUCAAGAGUGGCGAGAAUAGGUUACAGAGACCAGUUGCGGGUGGUGUUGUGGAGAGUGGAAGCUUGAAAGGGGGAAAGACUGUGCAGACCAAUCUGACAAUCGAUACUAACAACGGGACAUGGUUCGUCAGUCAUGCGGAUUUAGAGGUGUUGUAG